AAACACUAAUAACAAAGAUUGAAAAAUGUGUGAAAAAACUACAAAGGUCAAUUAUAUAGUGCGUAAAUUGCAAUUAUCCGAUUGCCGUGAAGUGCAUGAAAUCCGGGCGUCCGUCGGCUGGUCGAGAUACAUACGCGAAUCGGAAGUUAUGAUGAAUAUCGACCCCAACGGCCAGUAUGUGGCCCAGGAUAUAGACACCGGAAAACUGUUGGGAUACAUGAGUGGGGUAAACAUCACUGACGAUUUAGCAUACGUUGGCUCCUACUGUGUGCGACCAGAAUACCAGGGUCAGGGUAUCGGCAAAGCAUUGUGGGCUAAGACUAUUGAACACUUGGGCUCCCUCACACCUAACCCGCAAUUUGUUGAUAAAAUCGAUGGCAUCUCUUUGGUGACCAUCGAUGGACACAACGUCCGCGAUGUCAUUGAAUACGAUAAACACCCCCUGUAUGCUGAUAAUGAUCGCAUCGCUGAGUUAUUGGUCGGCAAAUGUGUGGCACGUUUGACGCCAAACCGGAGGUUAAAGUACAAGUGUUGGACCAGUAGUGAAAAAGCACAGAUGAUAGGCACUAAACUUGGAUUGAGCGAGGUAGUCCGAAUGUGGACCAUGUACACCAAAAAAUUAGUAGAACCGGCUCAUAUUGAUAAAGCCUUUUGUCCCGUUAGUGUUGACUUUUAUGUCUUUUAA